GGAUCUAAGCUUUAAGUUUCAAAAUUAUAUUAUUUAAAAAUUGAUUACCGAAUUUGUAUAUGAAUUUACUUGAAUAUUUCCCACUCUUCAUUGGGCAGCACUAUCAUUUUGCUUAGAACUAUUUACAAAUCGAACGAGUGAAUAUUUCGAACUUCAUAAUCCAAUUAUUUGACUUACUUCAAGCAUAACUCAAAGAAAUGUCAAACCGAAAUGAUUUUAAUUUAAAUUUUCGUCACAUGUAAAUCGAAUUUUCAUUCACCAAAAUUCUCUGUAAUAAGAAAGAAAAAAUUGUAAAAAAUUAAAAAAUUGGCGAAUCUUUGCGCAAUGGACAUAGAUAAGAAGCCAUGUAAUCGGGCUACGUGUGGGAAUAGAUCGAAAAACGCUGCAGCGAAUAAAGAUGGGAAACGAUCUCCGGUGAAUUCGAGUAAAUCAAGCGGUGAGCCGGUAAAAUCUGUCCCGCCAAAUAAUGGAAAUUCGACGCAGAUAUUAUUUGUGGAGCCGAACUUCACGGAGACUCCUAGUGAGUAUGACGUCUUCUAUGAUUGCUACAGCGAUGUUGCGAUAAGUCAACAAAGCCACCCUGUUGUUCCUUCCGUGUGUGGUCUAAAUAUGCCACAGGCGCCGGUUAAAGAUUCUCGCAUGUUUCGCGAUGCGCUAAAGCAAGUUAUAGUCACUGCUCAGACGCUUCUCGUUGAAUUCGAUAGUAUCGGCCGUCAGGAGCGUCGGGGCUGCGGUUCGCGUUGUCGUUGUGAUGUGCGCAAUAUAAAACCUCAAACACGUACUGUGCAACUGGAGGUGACAGCAAAAGUGACACCGAAUAAAUCCUCGGCUCCGUCGAAUAUUCGCAUUGAUCCGAUUACAUUUACGAUACCACUGAAAUUACACGUACGGGGACAACACCAACACAAUAUACCAAACUCGGUCUCGAAGCUGUCGAAUGAAGUGCGUAAGUCACAGACGAAACCCGACCGUGAGCAAUUAUCAAAUAUAUUCUCUUCAAUGGAGCCCAUACGUACGGCCAUAAUCACGGCACCACGACAGGAAGCGACCUGUAUGCCACCAGAAGCAGCGUAUAAUUUUCAUGCAGCUUUACUUCAGCAAAUGGCUGGAAUUCCGCCGGGUUUUCUACACUUCCCGCCAAUGCAACCUGCCGAAGGUUUUGCAAUUCCGAUUCCCCCAACCAGUAAGGAAUUAUCGUCGAAAGUACAAAUUCAGGUACCACAAUCAACUCCUCUAAUGACUUUAGGUGAUCCCAUUGAGGCAACUACAACGCCGAAAUCGAAAGGACAUUGUACGGGAACUUGUUCAGUGGGACGUAGAGUGCCGGAGCCGUCCGUUGAAGCAUUUCUAUCACCAUCUUUGGCGCCUGUUACUAAGGGACCCUUUUUGACAACAUUAGCAACGUCGUCUGUACCAUCUGUUGGUCCACAGAUGUCGUCGGAAACGAGGAGUCAAGGGGUGUGUGUACUGUGUGGGCGUAGCGGUGAGCCGCAAGGAAAGCCGGCCGAGAUUGAUUGGAAACCGCCUUGUGGAAUAUGCUCUAAAGGAGAGAAAUUUGUGCCGCCACAACCCCGCGAAUUUCCUUCGGCAUCCCAGCGAAAGGGCACUUGUGGUGGCGACUGCUCUCAAGGUGAUAGAACAGCGGAGCCUCUGGUCGUGCUCGUUCCUCCAGUAAUUAGUAAGCCUAUGGUAAUGGGAAAAGUAUCAUCAAAUCUCUGUUCUGUUGGUGCCACUCAAAGGCAAGAACCAUUCGGAGGCUUCCAAGGCACUGUUUGUCAUAUAGGAUUAACAAAGGCCAAACCCACCGAACAAAGUGUCAGUCAAAUUAAACAAGAAGAGAGCAAACGUCACUUAAGAGGACCUUGCGGUAAAUGUUCGACUGCACCUCCGGUACCACCACCAUUAGAGGAGCCACUAUCGAUGGUGAAUGGGCCUUGUGGGGUGUGCUCAAAGCCAAUAGCAAUGCUCCCAGAAAUACCUAAGCCAGAAAAAGUAUUUCCGAGCUCGUCUACAACAUGCUUCAAAGAUGAGGUAGUAGAAAAACCGGAACAGCUGGAAAGAUCUCCAUGUGAAGGUCCUCCAGCUCAAACAACGAAAUCUACUUGUACAUUAUGUUCGAAGCGAUCCGAAAUACCUGUAAAAUCCCAGUGUGGAAUUUGCUCAGGAGGAAGGCCUGCACCGAUGGAUGCCGAAAAAGCGCCAUGUGGAAUAUGUUCAGCGAAGGAUCAAGAAGCUGCCAGAGGGGAGAAAGCACCAUGUGGAAUUUGUUCAAAAAAAUUAGAUGCUAUCGUAACGGAGGAAAAAGCGCCAUGUGGAAUUUGUUCGAAAAGAGCAGAAACUCAACUCGAGAAGGGUCCGUGUGGAAUAUGCGCCAAACGAUCAAAAGCACCGAUUAUAUCGGAAAAAGCCCCUUGCGGCAUUUGUUCAAAAGGCGUACCUGCUCCUGCGGAUGUCGAAAUAGGGCCAUGUGGAACUUGUUCUCGCGGAAUGACUCCUUACGUUGUGGAGGAAAAGGGUCCUUGUGGAAUUUGUUCAAGAGGAGCAGAGCCAACGCAAGUGGAUGAGCAAGACAAUGUACAAAUGGAAGAGGUGAAAGGCCCCUGUGGAGUGUGCUCACGAUUACAGCCAGCAACAGUGCUCCCACCAACACCAAUGAACAAUCAGAAAGCACCAUGUGGCAUUUGUACACCGGCUAGACAAGAACGGUUAGAAGUGAAAGGCCCUUGCAAUAUAUGCAAGAGAGGGCCAGUGCAGGAGGAACGCGAUAUCUGUGGCAUAUGCAAGAAAACUCGCCUUCCAGGCACGCCACCAGCUAUACCAACCGACAUCCAACCGUGCGGUAAAUGUGCAAGCGUGGGAGCGCCAUGCAAAAUAUGUAACCCAUCAGCCGGCCCAAAUUCAGCGGCAGGAACAGGAGCAUGCGGUGCUUGUAAUUUCAUUGCGCCCGUUGCGCCAUCGAGCAGGAGCAAAACAUGUGGAUCUUGUUUAACCUCGCCACCCAAGCCCAGCAAUAUACGCACCUGUGGAACUUGUUUACCAGCAAUGCCGCCAAUAAUAGAUCGUACCUGCGGCACUUGUCUCAUACUACCUGAAGUCACACCAACAGACAUAGUAGCUGUGCCAGAGGAAAAAGUACCAGAGCGACGCAUAUACAAAGCCUUACCACAGCACAAAGACAUACACAUCUGCUCGCCAUGUCACUACGAUCCCAGUCCACUGAUCGACGAAGAUGGCAAUGUAUUCUGUCCACGCGAGUGUGGCUGUUGUCUUUGUCCUUGGCGAAAACGCGCCACCGACAGUCAAAUAGAUCAAAUCAAACACGAAAAGAUCAAGGUUUGUAAAUGUCGCAUGAAAGGCUCCAUUUUUGCUGAUUACACGUCACGCGCUAAGUGCAGUAAUACCUCCUACUUCGAUUGUUGCCCCUGUCGCGAAAGAGCGGAGGCAAAGUAUUUGGAAAUGACCGGUGAAGAGAUGUGGAGCCCCGAUGAUAAGCUCAAGGAGCGCGUACGUGGCGAACCCGUUAAUUUGGAAGAUGUUGCUGAAUACAAACGCGCGAGUACUACCAACUGAUGGAUCAUGUGGUGCAGUGAGCAAAAGUUACCAAUAUUAAAAAAUGUGUAUGUAUGUGUAUGAGCAACUGGAAGUUAACAAAAAAGAAAUCUUACCGUUAAUAAGAUUAAGU